AUGCUAAGUGUUCCUUUACGUUUUUUGGUACAUUCUAAUGAUCUCUUAGACGUAAUUGAGAGCCGGACAAGGGGCAUGCUCAGUAUUUCAACAGCCAAAGCAGAACGUCAACGGCAACUAGAACUUCUUAAACGCCGGCGUGCUGGAGAUAAAUCAAAAACAACAGACAGAAAUGAAAAAAAUUCCAACGAUAACAAUCCCGAUAGCCCAUAUGAAUCGGAAGAUAAUGAGGACUCCGAAGACACUACCUCAUCGGAAGAUUCACAAAUGGACGCCGAUAGUGACGUUGAACCUGCCCUUCCCGAGGAUCUCGAUCAAUACGAUGCUGAUUUUGUUUUGGAGGAUGACGAAGGUGAAUUGGGUGUCCCAGCUGACGAGGUUGAGGUUCCAUUUGAAUUUACUAGGCAUCGAUACAAAAGGCUGAAGGAUCAUUUUAGGGAUGUUGUUGAAUGGAUGGUGCACAACAAAAUAAACCCAGCCUUUCGUCGAGAUGAUGCCGUUUAUGAAAUGGCAUUUAGAAAGGUGAAGGAUGAAGUGACGGGUUUGGCUGGCUCUCAGUUUGUAUCGUCAGUCUGGAAUAAGGGAUUUAUAGGUUCACUUAAAGCAAGGCCGCGGAUUGUGGUCCUCCCUUAUCCAAUUACAGAGGGUCAUCCAUGUGAUGCAUGCAAUAGGUCAAAACACCCGGCAUCCUAUGAUAUCCGAUUUGACGGGCCUCCAUACAGUCAGGAGACACUGGAAUCUAUUGUUGAAGAUGAUAGCAGUGAAGACCAGGCCUCCGAUAGUACGGAGCGUGAAAACGUCGACUGCGAGGGAAACACGAUACCCAACGAGAACACACACUUUUAUCUUGGAAGACACUGCAAAUUAAAAGCAUCCAUGGCUCAUACUCUAAUUCAUUGGCGCUACCACCUCAAUGAAUGGGUUGUUGGCUACUUGGAGAGAAUGGGUAUUCUUGAGAGUAGUGAAAUCCUACAAAGAGAGCAUUGGAGUCAGAAAAAGCGGACAAAAUAUGCCAAUGAGGUUGUCGAUGCUAUGGUGGAGGCGGGAGAGGUCGACCGGCUCUGGAGGGACUUCAACCUCAACUUGAAGACUGCACGAGCUUCAACCGUAGGCUACUCCCAUUUCCCCUGCUCUUCCGCGCUCUUAAUUACGCUGACUCCCGUAUAG